AUGCCCUUCGUCGACAUCUCCUCCACCGCGGGCGCUGCCCACAUGUACUACACCAUCGCAACACCCACAAAUCCCUCCGCGCAGCACAUCGACAGAGACCUGCCCACCGUCAUCUUUCUCCACCCCGUAUACAUCGCAUCCCAGAUCUUCCAUCCACAGUUCCUCGACCCUUCCCUCCGCAGAUUUAACCUCAUCGCGUGCGACUCCCGCUGCCACGGCGAGAGCAUCGGCCAUGUCCCCAAAAACUUCACCAGGCUCGAGGCCAGUGAGGAUAUCUUUCAGCUCAUGAAAUCCCUCGACCUGCCCCCAUGUCACGUCGUCGGUCUCUCCAUGGGCGCCUGCAUCGGCCUCUCCCUCGCGAUAAACCAUCCGGACAGGGUCCUCUCUGUCACCAUGCUCUCCCCUCUCCCCCUCGAAGAGCCCCAGGACGUCGCAGAGGGCCGCCAGGAGAUCUACGACUGCUGGGCCGAGGGCUUCCACGAUCCGGACUCCGUCGACGAGUACGCCAUCACAGACUCCGUCUACGGCUCCCUCCAGCUCGGCUUCAACAACGCCACCUCCGGCGUCAUUCACGCCCUCAUCAAGUCCGCCGUCCCACAGGCCAAGAAAAACUGGGACAACCACAACCUCGACGCCUACUACGAAGUCUCCGUCGGCUUCUUCAUCCACCGCAAACCCCACCCCCGCGACACCCUCGCCAAGGUCCGCUGCCCCCUCCUCCUCGUCCACUGCGGCGGCGACAUCGCCUACCCCUUCCACUACGCCACCGAGCUCGCAGACGCCCUCAAGGGCGCCGGCAUCGACGUCACCGUCCGCGCCAUCCCCGACGCCUGCCAUUUCGGCAGCGUCACCCACCCCAAGCAGAUAAACCGCAUCCUGCACGACUGGCUCGUCGCAAAAUCGACCGGCGAACACAAGCCGGGCCCCGUUCCCGCCACCGCCGUCGCCUCCCCCUUUACUGGCGUCCUCGGCAGCUGCAGCUCCGACUCGUCAGACUCGGAUGACACCGACUACUAUGGUUCUUGA